AUGAUGAACUGCAUGGACUUUCCGGCGCCUCGAGAAGAUGGGGUCGCUCCUGCGGAGAUUUCAAGCCGUCACGGCAGGGGCGGAUUCAACCCCUAUGUAAACAAUGGCGGGACUGUGGUGUCUGUUGCGGGGGAUGACUUUGUGGUUGGUGUGGGAGAUACACGUCUCUCAGUUGGCUACUCCAUCCACUCGCGCAUGCAGUCCAAGAUCACAAAGCUGACUUCACGCUGCUGCAUUGCCUCCUCCGGUAUGCAGGCAGAUGUACAGACACUUCACAAGUGGCUUAAGACCCGUGUAGCGAUGUUCCAGCACCAGCACCGAGAGGAGCCUUCAGUGAUCGCAGUUGCACAGCUGCUCUCCACGGUGCUGUACUCUCGGCGAUUUUUCCCCUACUACACCUUCAACGUCCUCUUCGGCCUCGACUCGGAAGGGAAGGGCGCGGUGUUUGGCUACGAUGCGAUUGGGUCUUUUGAGCGCGCCAACUACAACUGUGCGGGCACUGGCAGUUCCCUUACCAUGUCGAUCUUGGACAAUCAGAUUGCCCAAAACAACCAGCAAAAGCAGAAGCCCAAGCUCACGAAAGAAGAGACCAUCGCACUCGUCCGAGGGAUUCUUGCGUCUGCAGGCGAACGGGACAUCUUUACAGGCGACCAGGCGGAGGUGGUGGUGAUCGACAGCAGCGGUAUUCACACCGAACUUGUUCCCCUACGGAACGAUUGA